AUGACCACACCGAACGUAUUGGAGCGCCUCGUAUCAAUCCGGGAAAGCCUUUACACCAUCAAGAAGGAUCGCACAAAGACUCUAACCACCGACUCAUUUCGGCCACUCUACGAUCACCUGAUAAGCGCGUUGGAGGAAGUUCCCCUGGACACCUUCGACCAUAACAAUGAGAUUACUGCUGCUGCCGAUGAAAUCCUGUUCAUUCUGUCGUUAGGCUUCCUGACCGUUGGAUUGCGCGGUGCUGCUAUUGGCGGGUUUGCUGCUAUAUCGACAAUUCACAGUUUAUUAUCCCAACUCACUAUGGCACCAUUGUACACACAUGCUGAGCUCCAGGUUCUUUGCGAUCGCAUCAACACAUUCGAACAAGAGCUCGGUUCGCCUGAGAAUUCGGAAUUCCCCCUGACCCCAGCACUGGUUCGGCUGAUGCAGCGUGAAGUCGAAGGCUGCCGAAAAUACAUGCCGCUGGCGCUGAGUCGUUUCGAAGGCAUGAACGAAUCCCAUUUCAAGUAUCAAACGCAGCUUGUUCAUGCGCGUCGUGAGCUUCUCAACCAUCUGACUCUACAUUACAAUGAAGAGUGCGAUCCGGCGCCGAUUCAGCAGCUUGCCAACGAGCUCGAGGAGCUGGACAAAACUGUAAAAACUGUGUUUGCAAAUGACAGCGAUAACAGGCCCGGGUGUGCCUUACUGGUCAAACAAAUCGAAAUAUGCAUUCCUCAUGUCAAGCGCUUUUGUGAGUUUGGGCCUACGAUCAACCCCUCCGUUAUCGAAUUUAUGCCCAAACUCAUUGAAAUUAACCACACCUUUGAGCUGUUCCUAAUGACGCACCGCUGGACGCUGCGUGAGACUGACCUUUUCGUGUACAAAGAGCAACUCGACGAGAUUCUCCACAAAGUCUCUGAGAGAGUGGAAUCGGAUCCUGAAACCCACGUGCCCAAUUCGGACUUUGCGAUUGUGGUGUUCUUGACUAGAAAAGCUCGAGCUCUGCUGUUCAAGAUUCUUGAUCUGGCUGAGCCUGUAGAUGAAAUUCUGUCUCCCAUGUACAACCAACUUCAGACUACGAAGCGUUGUCUUAUAGAGGUUCGGAAUAUGGGUGGCCUGUCAGAUUUGCGAGAGCUAUAUCCCUACCAAAUGAAGCUCGCCAGCAUUGAUAACGCUCGUGAGGAUGGCAAGUUUGUUGUCAACAAUAGGGUGCCCGCUGGUCAAGCGGCGAUCAAUGCUGUUCUUUCUGAAUGCUUUGAGCUCUGCCACGAGCUUAAGCUUGAUCUUGAAACGCGUGAAGAAGAGGAAGAAGAAGAUGAUGAAGAGGACGACGAGGACGACGAGGAGGAGGAAGACGAUGCCGAGAACAACGAGGAGUAG